AAAAGAGUAGUAAAAGAUUAAUCUAUUUUGACCAUGAAACGAUUAAAAUGUGAUCUAAGUCCUGAGCUAACAACGGGUCUGAAGCUGGCCGACAGUGUUCGUCCUGAUUGUUGUCCAGUGCUAAAUCGUAUACCCUAUGAUGCCCAAUGUUUCAUCAAGGACAUCUCGAAGGAGCUGAGUGAGCUCUACAAGCGACAUGAGAAUACGUUUGUAAAGAGCAAACGCAUAAUGGAAUUGGCAAAACCAAUUAAUCCCAAGUGUCGCUUUGUGCCCAAAUGUGCCUGUCCCUUCAAGAAGACCAUUGAGAUUGUGCCAGCCGACUUGCCCAGCAACACCCGAACCGAACAAUUAGCAUUGCCCACUGUUAGGCGACUGCUCUAUCGCAGGCAACAUGCCAUGGAAAUUGGAGAUAGGAUUGGCGAGAGCAUAUUAAAUCGCUGGUUACGCUACAGUUACAUGUCCCUCUACAGUCGUCUAGGCAACAUGCAGCCACUGAAGAAACCAGUCAAAAAGAAGAAGGCCACGGAGAAGGAGAAGAAGAAACAAGCAGCCUACAUUGAGAAGCUAGCAAAGCCUAAAGUUCCACUCGAGCCACCAACGCCCGAGCGUAAAGCGGGUGAGUUUAGUGCGAAGCGUAUAAAGAAAUUGUCGCGGCCGAAGGUGGUCGAGGAGAUUGUGAAACCAACGUGGGAAUUGACACCCGGCAUGAAGGCUUACACGGCAUCGGAUCGCAUCAAGACAAUGGCUAUGCCAGUCAGUCGCCCGAACGUUCACACCAAUGAGGAGCCAGAGAAGGUGUCGCCCAACGCCCUGAAAUACAAACCGAGUGAACGCAUUAAGGAAAUGGCCCAACCAUUGGCUAAAAACGAAGCCAACUUGGCUGGCGAUGUGAAGGAUGAUCCAUUCUCCAUUUCUCCAAAUGCACUCAAAUACAAGCCCUCAACGCGCAUCAAGGAGUUGGCCGAACCAAAGGAGUUUGAGAAUACUCACAUACGUGAGAAUCCGUUCGCCAUCUCGCCGGCAGCUCUCAAGGCCAAAGCAUCACCACGUCUUAUAGAAUUAGCCAAGCCAAAGGGAUCAUAGCUCUUGAUAUUCAAAAUUUGUUGUAACAUUUUUUGUACUAAUCUUUUGGUAAUUUCAAAUAAAUUGUGGAAUGUUUUCUAAAA